AUGGCGGGAAAGGCGUGGAGCCGUUCCAUUGAGGGAGACAUCAAGACCACGCGCCGAAAAGAAGCCUCGGUGGGAAGCAACGCUUCAUUUGCGCACAGCUUGCGGAUGGACAAACAGCUGGAGAUGCAAAACGGCCUUCCCGAAUGGACCUAG